AAAACGAAAACUUUGUUUUGCAUCAUCUGGAUACCUUGCUUUAUCUCCUUUCCUUCUAACAAUGAAGGCAACUCUGAAGACCAAGUACGACGCAGACAAAAGCGGCGCCGCCUCAACUUUGGCUGUUAACGCUAGCGAUGUCAAGCUCCGAGCAUCCAUCACCGACGCCACAAUCAUCAACGCCCCUAGUUUAAACGGUCUUUCCCUUGCCGUCGAGAAACCAGGCUUCUUCAUAGUCGACUACAAUGUUCCUAAAAAGGAUCUUCGCUUUCAAUUUAUGAAUACUGUCAAGGUAGCGGAGAAGCCUUUGAAUUUGACUUACAUCCAUAGUUGGGCCGAUAAUAGAACAGUUCUCGACGGGAACCUAGUCCUUGAUUCGGCUAACAAGUUCUCUGCUAAUCACGCUCUUGGCUCUGGAAAUUGUAAAUUGAAGUACACCUACGUGCACAAACAUGCAACCACUUUUGAACCUUCGUACGAUUUUGCAAAGAAUUCGUGGGACUUCUCCAUUUCAAGGAAGGUUUACGACGAUGAUGUAUUAAAGGCUACGUACCAGACUACAACCAAGGCACUGGGAUUAGAAUGGACAAGGAAUUUGAAGUCAAGGGGAAAUUUCAAGAUUGUAGCAUCGGUCAACAUGGCAGAUGAAUCCAAAAGGCCAAAAGUAACCGCAGAGUCGACAUGGAACUUCGAAGUGUAAUUCUUAAAUCAAUGUCCCUUUAAAUUCCUGUUGUGAUUUAUAGUGGGCAUGGAGUUUUCUACGUACAUUGAUGAUUGAAUCUUAAAACGUUCUGUGCACUCGAAUGUUAAGUACACCUCAAUAAUCAUAAGAAGCUGUUCUUUUGAAGUGACU